UGGCAACAAGCCGAUGGCGAAGCCAAUAUGUAGAUGAAAUUUCCAGAGAGGGAGAGGAUGAGCAUUUAUAAAUAACCAUUAAGAAGUGCGUCGUGGUUCAUUUAAGGUGCGAUCGUUCAUCUCACUCUUCAUCCUCAUACUGUCACCCGAGGUUAUGAAAGGAAAUUUGGAGGCUUGGUACAUGGAAGAAAGUGAGGAGGACCAAAGGCUUCCUCACCACUACCACCCACCCCAAUAUAUUUCCCUUGACAAGCUUGCAGAACUUGGGGUUUUAUACUGGCACUUGAAUCCACAUUGUUACGAAAAUGAUGAGGAAUUGCAAAAGAUUCGAGAGAGCAGAGGAUACAACUACAUGGAUUUGCUAGAUCUAUGCCCUGGUAAGGUGGAGAAUUAUGAGGAAAAGCUAAGGAACUUUUUCCGGGAGCAUAUCCAUGCCGAUGAAGAGAUAAGGUAUUGCCUACAGGGCAGUGGUUACUUCGAUGUGAGGGAUAAAGAUGACCGUUGGAUUCGCAUAUGGAUUAAGGCUGGGGAUAUGAUUGUUUUGCCAGCAGGAAUCUACCAUCGCUUCACACUAGACACCGGGAACUACGUCAAGUUGAUGAGGUUAUUUGUUGGUGAGCCAGUUUGGACUCCUUUCAACCGGCCGCAAGAGGAUCAUCCUUCUAGAAAGGAGUAUGUGAAGAAUUUGUUCAACAAGGCUGGCACAGCUGUGGAGGCGCAUUAGUUUAUUUCACAUACCAUGUAAUUUCUCACAGGGUGGUAUCUUCAUACAUAUCUUAUCAAAAAUAUUUGUAGGUUAUGGAGUUAGGAAGGGUGUAUCUUGGUUACUGUAAUAUGAAGUCCUAUAUUUGAGUGGAUGUUUAUCAUGCGUCUAUGUUAUCAUAUCAAUGCAUAUGUGAGUUUUAGCUUGUUUUGAA